AUGGCUGACGAGGAGAUUAACUACGAGAGCGACGCGGGAUUAGAUUCUCUUUUCUUCACCCGGCCCAAGGGCCCGAAUCCACCGCCCACGCCGUAUCUCUACGUGGCAAACUGCGGUGCUGAGGCGGAGAUGACGUAUGCAGCCCUUGCUGACGUGUUCUCCUCCUUCGGCCACGUCCGCCGCGUCGUCCCGGCCGGCGCCGCCAAUCUCACCCGCAUUUUUGUCGUUUUCGGCGGGCGCUCGCGCGCGGAGGCCUCCGCCGCGACGGAAUCUGCGCUGCAGGCGCUGAGCGGAAAGCCCUGCGCGGAAGCGGGCGGAAGGAAGAUGCACAUCCAGUUCGCCGUGGGAAAGAGAUCCGCUCCGGUGGAGCAUCCGGUGGUACACCACAAUGUCGACGCUCUUGCUAUACCGGGGCUGUUCCUGCACCUCGAUUUUGUCACACCCGAGAUGGAACAGACUCGAGACAUCGAGAAAGACAAGUGGAUCGGCCCUCUGCCCUCAGAAGUGUCGGACUUUGUUUCGCAGGCAGAGCAGCUGCCCGAGCUCACGGGCUGCCCGGAAGUUUGCAUGCCUCUGGACCAACUGACGAUCAACGAGUACGGGGCGGGAGUGGGCCUGGCCCCACACAUUGACACCCAUGCUGCAUUCAAGGGCGCCGUUCACUCCCUCUCCUUCAUCCUUCCCCCUCAUUUUCUCCCUCUCCACAGAUCAACGAGGGUGGGCCUGGCGCCCCACAUCGACACGCACGCUGCAUUCGAGGGAGCUGUUCUCUCGCUCUCCCUGGCUGGCCCUGCGAUUAUGGAGUUUAGGAGACCUGUGGGGCCUCAACCUGUGGGGAAACAGCCGCUGGGGAAAAAGAAGGUUGUUGGUGGGAGCAGCAAACAGAGUGGGAGCAAUGGGAGCAGUGAAGGGAGUGGGAGCAGCGAACAGAGUGGGAGCAAUGGAAGCAACGAACAGAGUUGGAGCAGUGGGAGCAGUGGGAGCAGUGGGAGCAGUGGGAGCAGUGGGAGCAGUGGGAACAGCAAUGGAAAGUGUGAGAGCAGUGACGGUGCCUGUUGCAGCAGUGACGACAAUUGCCACAACAGCAGCACCAAUGGGUGUUGCUCGAUGAAAGCACAAGCAGCAGCAGGAGCAGAGGCAGAGGAAGGAGCCAAGUUAAGGGGAGAGACAGGGGAGUCGGAUGAGAGGAGAGCGGAGGAGAAUCGAGAAGAGGAGAAGAGAGGGGAUGAGAAGAGGACAGAGGAGAAGAGAGCAGAGGAGAAGAGAGGUGAUGGGAAGAGGGCAGAGGAGAAGAGAGCAGAGGAGAAGAGAGGUGAUGGGAAGAGGGCAGAGGAGAAGAGAGCAGAGGAGAAGAGAGGUGAUGGGAAGAGGGCAGAGGAGAAGAGAGCAGAGGAGAAGAGAGGUGAUGGGAAGAGGGCAGAGGAGAAGAGAGCAGAGGAGAAGAGAGGUGAUGGGAAGAGGGCAGAGGAGAAGAGAGCAGAGGAGAAGAGAGGUGAUGGGAAGAGGGCAGAGGACAGGAGAGUGCUCUUCCUACCCCCUCGCUCCCUCCUCGUCCUAACAGGAGAGGCCCGAUACGCGUGGUCCCACUACAUCCCAAACCACAAGAUCGAUCACAUCAACGGCCAGGAUUUCCCGCGCGCUCCUCGCCGGGUUUCGUACACCUUCCGGAGGGUUCGGUUUGGGCCAUGCGGGUGUGCUUAUAACGAGUUCUGUGAUGGUCCUAGAACGGAAAUUUGUGCUAAUGGAACAGGGUUGACUGAUACGGACAGGGCGAUGGAAAGUGGGGGAUUAUUGAUGGAGGGAACAGGAGCAGAGGGGUUGCUGGUGAAGGAGAGGGGAAGUGAGGGGAUGAGGGAGAGAGUGGAGGGUGGUUGUUGUGGAGGGAGUGUGGUGACGCACUCACACGAAGGAGUGGCGGAGUGUGCAGAGGAGGGGGAAGAGGAGGAAAAGAAAGAGGAACAGAGAGUGGCAGGGGCACCCGAUGGGGAAUCUGUGGUGCCGAACUCACACGAAGGAGUGCAGAGGGCAGAGGAAGAGGAGGGGAAAGAGAACACCAUUCUCCCUCAAACCAUCUCUCAUGUUGAUCCGUCCAGCACCCUGGAGUCCCUUCAAACCACCCCGGCAGUGGAGAGAGACUUUGUGCACAAGGUAUACGACGACGCCAUAGCGCCUCAUUUCAGCGCCACUAAUGCUGUUGACUCACCUCAACCGUCACCGCAACCGUCACCUCAAACCACCCCGGCAGUCGAAAGAGACUUUGUGCACAAGGUGUACGACGCCAUAGCGCCGCAUUUCAGCGCGACCCGCUUUGCCCGCUGGCCCAAGGUGGCCGAGUUCCUGCUCUCCCUCCCCGCGGGCUCCCUUGUUCUUGAUGCUGGGUGUGGGAAUGGGAAGUACCUCAAUGGGGGGUUGCCCAUCCCCCCUGCCCUCCCUUCUGCUGCCUCUGUCUCUGCGUCUUCCUCUUUGUCAACACCCACUUCCUCCUCCCCGUUCCCUUCCUCCUCCUCCACUCCUUCCUCCUCCUUCUCCUCCCCUUCCUCCGCCGCCCCUCCCCGCCCACCGGCCAUUCUCAUUGGCUGCGACAUCAGCCCGCCUCUCGUCUCCAUCUGCACCCAACGGGGCUUCGAGGCCUUUGUAGCGGACACCCUCUCGCUCCCCCUCGCUUCCUCGCGCUUCGACGCGGCGAUCUCCGUGGCCGUUUUGCACCACUUGUCGUCCGAGUCCCGGCGGAAACACGCGCUAAGAGAGAUGCUUCGGGUGGUGAGGAGGGGGGGUAGGGUGCUGGUGACUGUGUGGGCGAGGGAGCAGGAGAAUCCGGGGUUGCUUGACAAGUGGACGCCGUUGAUUGGUCGGAUGGCGGAUAGGUGGGUGGGGGAUGUGGAGGCGGGUGGAGGGGAUGAGAGAGGGAGGGAGAGAAGCGGGGAGAACGAAGGGAGGUCAGGAGGAGGACUGGGAGGGAUUGAGGAGGAAAGAGAGACCAGUAACUAG